CCGCUCUUAUUCCAUGCCAAGGGCCCACAAGGGCCGUGCAGCUCAGCUCCUGCCCAGCCGGUGCUCGGUACCAGUUUCCAUCGCAGGUAGCCUGAUGCCCUUUCAACCCAUACUGGAAAAUCCCUGUUGGGCCUCAGUUCCGACUCUCUCCUCUGGUUCCCUGGUGACAGGUUUUCUGCAUUUGGGUGGCCUUCGCACUGCUUUGUACAACUACAUUUUUGCCAAAAAGCACCAAGGGACCUUUAUUUUGAGAGUGGAGGAUACGGAUCAAAACCGAGUGGUGCCUGGAGCUGCAGAAGGAAUAGAAGACAUGCUGGAUUGGGCAGGUAUUCCCCCUGAUGAGAGCCCUCGCCGCGGCGGCUGCUUUGGACCCUACCAGCAGUCGCGCAGACUCGACCUGUACCGGCGCGCGAGCAGCGAGCUGCUGGAGCGGGGCGCAGCGUAUCGCUGCUUCUGCACCCCGCAGCGCCUCGACCUGCUGAAGAAGGAGGCUCUGCGCAGCCAGCAGACCCCGCGGUACGACAACCGGUGUCGGCACCUGACGCCCACCGAAGUGGCCGAGAAGCUGUCGCAGGGCCUCGACUGGGUGGUGCGCUUCCGGCUGGAGAAGGGGGUGGAACCCUUUCAGGACCUGGUCUAUGGCUGGACCAAGCACGAAGUGGCUGAGGUGGAGGGUGACCCGGUGAUCCUCAAGGGCGACGGCUUCCCCACGUACCACCUGGCGAACGUGGUGGAUGAUCAUCACAUGGGCAUCAGCCACGUCCUGCGCGGAACCGAGUGGCUGACUUCAACGUCCAAGCACCUCCUUCUCUACAGAGCCUUUGGCUGGGAUCCCCCUCAGUUCGGUCACCUCCCGCUGCUUCUGAACAAGUAUGGGGGCAAGCUGUCCAAAAGGCAGGGGGACAUCUUCCUGGAGCGCUUUGCUCGGGAUGGCUACUUGCCAGAGGCUCUGCUGGACAUCAUAACCAACUGUGGCUCGGGCUUCGCAGAGAACCAGAUGGGGAGGACCUUGGAGGAGCUGAUCUCGCAGUUUGAAAUAGACAGAAUUACCACCCAUUCUGCCCUCCUGGAUCUUGAAAAGCUUCCGGAAUUCAACAGGAUUCACCUCAGCCGUCACAUAGAGAACGAAGGGCUGCGACAGAAGCUGGUCAGAGAGCUGCAGCUGCUGGUGGAGCACGCCUAUGGGGAGCAACAAGUGGAUCAAGAGGUUCUAGAAAAGGACUACGUGGAGCGAGUCCUCCUGCUGAGAAAGGGUCACAUAAGCUUCCUGAAGAAUCUGGUGUCCAGUGAUUAUUCUUACCUGUGGGUCAGACCCUCAGUGUCCCGAGAGCAGCUACAAACUAUGUCUGCAGAAGUAGAUGAAAUAGGAAAACUGGUCUUAGGGCUCAUGACAAGGCAGGCGGCUGUUUUGACCAUGGAGGAGUUGAACAAAGACCUGAGAAGCCUCCACGAGCAAAUCAAAGAGACAAAGUACAGCAACAUGAUGCAGCUCCUUCGCUUGGCUCUCAGUGGGCAGCAGCAUGGACCGAGCGUUGCUGAGAUGAUGGUGACUUUGGGACCCAAAGAAGUGUGUGGACGGAUACACAAAGCCCUGUCCAGCUAAUACCAGACAGGAAUGACCUGGCAGCCAGCCCAUGGACUCGGAUGGUGUAGGCAGCACCCGUUGGUGUCCCAGACCUGUAGUGUUUGAUCUCGACGUGAUUAUCUUUGAUCAGAUGAGCUGAGCUUUAGACCAGGCAGGUGUCACCGUGGUGUGUCCAGGUCUGUAUGUAUCUGCACUAAGCAUAAGCCACUUUGUCUGGGAGCGGAACCAGACACAGACUGAGGUCCAUCCUCCUGCUGUCACCUCAUGCAAAUAGCCUGGUUUGCAGGCUGGGAGAACAAGAUGUUUGUCGCUGUUUAAAUUCAGGCCACAUGGACAGAGAGUAAUGGUGUUUCUGACACGGGCACGGUUCGUCUGCAGCGAUCGGUCUCUUUUUGGAGAGGACCUUGCAAUCAGGGUACCUACAGCUAUGACUGCAUAGGUCCCCACAGAUACCCUGGGGAGGGUAUUUAUGUACAUAUGUAUAAAUAUGUGUACAUAUAGUAUGUGUAUUAUAGCAGCCCCAAGCUGCUUGGAGAAGGAGACUGCUUCCUGUGAACAGUCAUGCGCAUGGUUCUGCUCAAGCUAUCCCUGACCAGGGGACUGGGAUGGUUUUUCCCCUUUUGGAUGAUGAUUUAAUGAUUAAAUGAACGUGGUGA